UAGAUAUUGGUUACGCUUCACAAAUAUGCAUGGCCGAUGAAUUCCAAAUGGUACUACACCCAAAGGCCCCAUAAUUUGUUUGUCCCUAUAGUAACAGUCUACUGCGCCUGCGGUCUCUAAUAUCUUAGCCAUUCACGUCAUUUUAACUCUCUUUCUCUUAACAUAUCUUCCUACACGCCAUACACACCUUAUGUAUAGGUGUGCCAGCUGGUUUUGUCAUUUUGAUUAUACUCGCCAUAGAUCAUUACCACCGUGAGAGAAUUCCUUCUAAAGUAGUGCUUGCUGAUAAGAUAGAUAGAUAGAUAGAGAGAGAAAGGGAAACCAUGGUGGUAGCCAAAAAGACCACCACCACCAGAUCAAACACGAAUAAUUCAUCUUUCUUGUUUAGCUCUAUGAUGAAAUGCUUCUCCUUUUCUUCCUCUUCACCAUCUUCAACCAAAAGAUCAGAUGAAGAUUGUCAUGAUGACGAUGUUCCUGGUAAAAACAGACUCCAGCUAACGGAUGGAGAUCAUGUUAAAUCUACAAAACAUGGAGGAUGGAAGUCCAUGCCUUACAUUUUAGGAAAUGAAACGUUUGAAAGAUUAGCAACAUUUGGGCUGUUAGCAAACUUUAUGGUGUACCUACUGAAACAGUUUCAUUUGGAGCAAGUGUUUGCUACAAACAUCAUUAACAUAUGGUCUGGUACGACAAACUUUGCACCACUCUUUGGUGCAUUCAUCUCUGAUGCUUAUCUCGGCAAAUUCCGGACUCUUGCUUAUGCUUCUCUCGCAUCCUUAGUGGGGAUGAUUUUACUAACAUUAACAGCAGUAAUACCUGAACUGCAUCCUCCAACAUGUACAAAAAGUCAGGAGCAUGACAACCAAUGUAUUGCUCCAUCAACCAGCCAGCUUGCAGUUCUUUUCAUAUCACUAGGAUUUUUAACAAUUGGAGCCGGUGGAAUAAGACCAUGUAGUUUACCAUUUGGUGUUGAUCAAUUUGAUCAAACAACUGAUGAAGGCAGAAAAGGAAUCAACAGUUUCUUCAAUUGGUAUUACUUCACAUUUACAAUCGUCAUAAUGAUCGCUCUUACGCUCGUCGUCUAUAUACAAGAUAUUAUUAGUUGGUCUGUUGGACUUGGCAUUCCUACACUUCUUAUGAUGUUCUCAAUACUUCUGUUCUUCCUGGGUACACGCAUUUAUGUUUACGUCCCGCCGGGUGGAAGUGUUUUCUCUGGAAUUGGUCAAGUGUUUGUUUCUGCUUAUAAGAAACGCCGUCUUCAACUUCCUUCUGAUGAUGUAGAAGUGUUAAAAGAAGUUCUUUAUAAUCCUGAGUCAAAAGGACUUGCCAAUAUGAAACUUCAUCUCACCAACCAGUACAGAAUCUUAAACAAAGCAGCAAUAAAAAAUGUAGGAGAAGUGAACGAAGGCGGUUCUGUUUCGAAUAAAUGGAGACUAUGUAGUAUCCAACAAGUUGAAGAAGCUAAAUGUCUUAUUAGAAUCAUACCAAUUUGGGCUGCAGGUAUAAUAUGUUUUACCGCAAUGGCACAACAAGGAACUUUCACAGUAUCACAAGCUUUGAAAAUGCAACGGCAUUUAGGACCCAAGUUUGAAAUCCCAGCUGGUUCACUAGGGGUUAUCUCGAUGCUUACAUUAGGUCUAUGGGUUCCGUUCUACGAUCGUAUAUUCGUUCCUGCACUCAGGAAAAUAACUAAACAAGAAGACGGACUCACACUUCUUCAAAGGAUGGGAAUUGGGAUGGUUUUUUCCAUAUUAUCAAUGAUAGCAGCCGGUUUUGUUGAAGAGAAAAGAAGAACGCAAGCAAUAACCAUUUCUCAAUCCCAUCAAGUCGAACCCAUAUCCGUAUUCUGGUUAGCACCACAGCUAAUCUUGAUGGGUUUAGCUGAAGCAUUCAAUAUCAUUGGACAAAUUGAGUUCUUCAAUAGGCAGUUCCCAGAACACAUGAGAAGUAUUGGAAAUUCAUUGUUCUUUUGUACUAUGGCAGGUGCUAAUUACUUUAGCAGUCUAAUAGUAAGUAUCAUUCACAACACUACAGGUAAACAAGGUCAGCCUGAUUGGUUAUACAACGAUAUCAAUUUCGGGAAGUUAGACUACUUCUACUACCUUAUAGCAGGUUUAGGAGUCCUGAAUCUUAUUUACUUUCUUGUAGUUGCUCGUGGGUAUCGUUAUAAGGCUACUGUACCAUUUCAAACCGAAGAUACCGACAUUGUUAUUGAGUUAAGCUCAACGAAACAUGUUGAUCCUUAAACCAAUAAUGUUAUAUAUUGUAACGGUUUAUCCCAAUUGUAGUACAAUUUGAAUCAAUACAUUAUAUAUAUAUAGGAAUUAAGAUAGUAAUUAUUUUGAGUUGUGUAUAAUGUAGACAAGGAUAAAUAAGUUGUUCUUCGUAUAGUUUUGUUGAUGGUGGUUU